UAAUUAAAUCAUUGUUUUAAAACAUUUUAAAAGAGAAACAAUUUUGUGAAUGAUAGUUGACGACAGACAAUCCAUUUUGAAUCGUUGUGACUCCAUCAUGAUUCCACAGCAUUCAGCCUUAGUUAAUGCCAUGACGUCACUGUACGGUCCCCACAUGCACCCCUCCGCUUCCCCACCAACUGCCGCUCACUCACAGACCAAUGCCUCACCCACGGGACCAUCAUCAUCAUUCCGUAUUGAUGACAUUUUGAGGACAUCACCAAACUCAACAUCAAGUGCUUCCAAUCCUCUCAGUGGACUUGCAAAACCAACGCCCAUCAAUCCCGCAGCCCUCCAUGCCCCUGGGGUACUGACUGCCCCUUCACUAUACAAACCGAUGUCUAUGUACGACCACACCCUGGUUCCUCAGUCCCCCUAUCUUCCCUCUCACGUCUCGUACACCAAUGCUCUCAUGAGUCACAUGUACCCUAUGCCUUAUAUGAGACCAGAGUAUGCACUGUUAGAUCGUCAUCAUGCAUUUUCAAAAGUAAUGCCCAAACCUUUCUUGUGGAACCAUUUUAUGCAGCGACCUCUACAUAAAAGGAAGGGCGGACAAGUGAGGUUUUCUAACGAUCAGACAGUCGAACUAGAAAAGAAAUUUGAAUCCCACAAGUACCUGUCUCCGCCUGAAAGAAAAAGACUGGCCAAAAGCCUUCAACUAACAGAACGGCAGGUAAAAACGUGGUUCCAAAACAGACGUGCUAAAUGGAGAAGACUGAAACAGGAGUCACCCACUUGCGAGAAACAAAGUGAAACUUCAGCAGAAAAGAGCGGAAGUGACGUAGCAGACGAUUCAGAGGAAAGAAACAGGUGUACUUCAGACGAGGAAGAUUUUGAUAUGGAGGACAGUGACGAUGAAAUUGAUGUAGAAAGUGAAACCACGGAAAAAUAGCGAUACAUGUAGAAAGUGUGAACAGCAAUUCAGAAUAGAGGUGCAAUGGUGUCGGGCACAAAUCAUAAAAGCCAUCAACGAACACUCUCGUGAAUUCUGCCUGCUGUGAGUUUUCAAAUAUUAACAGACACAGAAGAGUUCCUUAAAAGCAUGCGCAGUUCAGGGUUCUCUCCUUGUACACAUUGUUAAGUUUCAAAUGUUUGAAGCGAAGUGAAUUGAGAAUUUUGAUAUGACCAUAUAUGACUGCAUGAGUGGCGAUACGAAUGGUGCAAUUUGGUAGAUUUUGUAUUUAUUGUCACUUCUGGUCUUCCUCUGUUCCAUAACUACAUCAAACUAUGCAAUAAAUGAGCAAAAUAAGAUGUAGAACUGUGGAAUAUUGCUAUUUCAUAUAUACAUUUGUGAAUUGAAAUAAAACUCAAAAGAAAUAUA